UUUCACAUGUUGUCGAGGGGGUAAGUUUAUAUUUAACUAUCAUUCAUUUAAAUUUUUCUAGUAAAAUAACAAUACUAAUAUAUUUUCUCUUGAAAAUAGGCUAACCCCGACACAGGAGAACUGCCAACUGCGGUGGAAACUUUUCAAAAGUUUCACCAUAAAGGCAACAAUUGGCGCAACGAGUACGCACAACAAGCUUACGAGCAAAUGGUUGAAAUAGCGGCAACUCAACCAGCGCCCACUGAAGAUGAGCCCGAUGAGCCUGCUGUCGAUCCUACACAGUACCCCCGAGACUUACCUGUUAUGACGCAAGUACUCGGGGAACGAUCUCGACAUCUUAGAGGCUUUGGCCAUCUCCCCAGACUGAAGGGAGUUGGGGCCAAAAGAGCACCUGCCACGCAUCCUUCAGCCCCACCGACUGUUACAAUGGAACAGUACGAGGCUUUACAGAAAAAAGUGGAGGAAGCGGAGCAGACAACUCAACAUACGAGGCAGCAGUAUGAGACACAACAACUCUACCUCAGACGAUUCCAAGAUCAGUUUGAGUAUCUUUCUCGAGCUGUGCCGGGUUUCAACUUGCCUCCCAUGGAUCUUCCACCAUUGCCCACUCCUGGUGCUGGAUCGUCGGCUGCUCCUGGUGCUGGAUCGUCAUCGCAGCCUCCCGAGACUCAGAGAAACAACGAUGACGACAUUACCCGCCUAUAGAACUGUACUUUUUUUUAUUAUCCGGUUCGAACAUUUAACAUUUUGUUUAUAUACUGAUUUUAGUAGAACAUAAUAUAAUUAAUGUUCGUUUAUCUUUUAAUGUAAAUUAUGUUGGUUUUUUUGUUAAUAUAAUAUUAUAAUUAUUUUAAAAAAAUUAAUUAAUUAUAUUUAAUUAAUUAAUAUUAUAAUUAAUUAAAUAUAAUUAAUUAAUUUUUUUUAA